CAGUUAGAGGCCGGAGACGGUACUGCCGGCUUCGUCAUACACGCUAGAUCUCGUUGUCUAUUCUACACACCAACACAGAGUACACACACUCUCUGGUCAUACGGGGGACUACUGCUGCAAAUUACAAAGUUCGCCUAACAGGCAAGUAAAGCUGAGUGAAACGUAUAAAAUAUUGUUAAAAACGGGUCUAAUACUUCUUCACACUUCUGAGCAACUGAUUCAUACGCACAGGAUGUAGUAAUCGUACAGGGAGAAAAAAAAAGGGCACGCCCAUGCAGCCUAACUUGUUGUUCGCGAUGAAAAAAAAGUCUCCUUGCAGGCCGCGGUGACACCACUUUUAUCAAAACCUGUCGUCGUCUGUUGGGCCUACCUACCUGGUUUGUGAUUCAACAGACCAACCAACGUUCGAGUUCUAUUUUUAGGUACCCGAAAGAGGAAGGGACAUAACUGUCACGUAAACAGGUGUAUCUAAACGAGGAAGCUAAUCAUGAAAUAAGACAGGAUUCGGCACUCCAUAGAUUGGGCUGUAAACUUCGGUGUCUAAGGAGAUUAUUUUCAAUUUGGAUGUAGUUUUUUGUUGUUAGAAAAGACAUCUUUGUUGUAAACACCACCAGCCAUCAUUAUGUGAAGAAAACAGAAGUUUAAGGGUCUUGUUUUGUUCUGUAAUGUCUUUGGUCAGAAUCUGACUUUCUGGCUGAGACUGAGAAAUCGACUGGAUUCACUUCUUCCGAGUGCCGACCUGCAUGAACUCAGAAACUUUUUCGUUGUUCGAACUCUGGCUUUGUAAAUCUAGAUUCUAGAUCUAGAUCUAGAUCCUGAUCUAGUUCAUAGUUUAUAUUUGUUGUUAAAGAAUUAUUUUUAUGUAUAGUCUUGACAUGGAAAAUUAGAAGAGAAAGUAAGUUGUUCAACUUGCUCCUUUGGGGAACUUUGUGACCCUGCUUCUUUUGUUCCAAAGACUGUUAAGACGACCGACCCAAGAAUCUAGAUUCUAGAUCAGGUUCUCUUCAGGACAAAGGCGGAGGUUUUCUCUCUACAGACAGUGCCUGACUGGUCUUUGAGUUGAGAACUAGAUUCAGAUGGCACUUCUCACCAACGUCAUGGGUUCUGGAACAUUGUGUGUGCUGUUGCUCAUCUGUUCCAGCCUGUAUGCUGCUGAGGCUACCACCACAGCUUCCACACCGACCCAGACAAACCCAACGACCCCGACACCAGGAUCGGGUCAGUACAAUGAUACCUGUAAUCCUGAUGGAUCAGAUUGUGCGCAGGGUUUGACCUGCUUGAAUGACACCAUUGAACCUUUGUGUGUGUGCUCAUCGAGUCUGUUUUUUAAUGGGAGCCUUUGUGUGGAAAAGAAACAGUACAAUGAGCCGUGUGAUCCAAGCGUGACUAACGAGUGUGCACAAGGUUUUGAGUGUUUGAAUAGCACAUCAGAAGAUUUGUGUGAAUGCCCAUCUCACCAGUACUAUAACGAGAGUCUUUGUGAGGAAAGGAAACAGCACAAGGAGACUUGUGACUCGAACACGCCUAACGAGUGUGCACAAGGUUUUGAGUGUUUGAGUUUGAGUAACCCACCAGGAUUUUUGUGUGAAUGCCCGUCUCACCAGUACUACAAGGAGAGUCUUUGUGUGGAAAAGCUACAAUUUAACGAGACGUGUAGGCCGGACGGUGAAUGUGCUGAAAAUCUUCAGUGUGAUAAUGAAACUGGCACAUGUUUCUGCCUCCCGUCCCUGUACUAUAACGGGAGCUCCUGUGUAGAAAGUAAGUGUCAACUCUUCUCUCAGAGCUUCAGAGAGACCCGCGCUUAUUCCAGUCUGGGUCCUCUCCUGCUCCCCUGUGUGAACAUUGGCACAGCUACUGCAUUCCUGAACCCUUACCCUUAUAUUAAGUUAUUAUAUCGCUGUCCUUUAUUGGUGAAGACCAGAGAUUUGUCCUUGUUGUUAUCAAAGAAAUCUUGUAAGUUUGCGUAGAGUCGGUACCCACAAUCUUGAUCUGUUGUAUGGAUAGAGUCUGUGUUUUGUUUUUGAAAAGUUGGUAUUUCUGUGGGAAAGUAUGAAUAGUAAACAAAAUAUGGAGAAUCUAGGGACUAGAUGAUAAGUAAUGGGUUCUAUAUAAUUUUGAUACAGUUUUAUUAUUGUUUGAGCCGUGUUAAAACAUUUGACCUUCAGCAAACACAUGAAACAUACAUGUAUGUAUAAUACAAGUUAAUAACUUUAGUAUUUCCAUCCAUGCUCCUUUGUAGAUGCUUGGCUUAGCUCCCCACUGACCAGCCUUUUGGGCUUUUGUCCAACUGUUGACUGAUACUUCAGAGAAGUUGACGUCCUGUAGUUUUAGGAAUGUAAUGUUCAAAACAAGAGUCGUGCAUGAUCUACUGUUUAUUCUUUAAUGUAUUUUUAAUGAACAGCUUUAUAUUUUUCGUACUUACACCCAGUUACCCUGUCAGCUGUUAAAAAAAAUUCAUUUGAUUAAUUCUAUUUACUAACCUGUGUAGCCUGUGAAUAAAUACGACUUCUGGUAUUUCUUGGAAUUUCAGAUUUCGAUCUAUGUUGAAAAUGAAACUGAAACCCAGUGUGUAGUUUACGUGUUUUUUGAACACCUCUUUUACCCUGUGAUUUUGUUGCACGCUUUCACAAACUGUUUUAUGAUCCCCAAAAAGACUAUCAGUAGGUUUUUAAAGCAUACACCCCCAGUGUUAUUUACUUUUAUUUGUUUGGUG